AGCCCCUUCUUGCUUUCGUCUUUCUGUCUCUCCAUCUCUCCGUCUCUCCACUCUUCGUCUUUAUUUCUGUGCUCGAGCAGUCCAGCUCUCUUCACCAAGGCUUUCCUCGUCAUGACGUCAUCAUCGAAACCCUCCUUGCCACUAAGCAAAGUUCCUUCGGUGAGACAGCUUUGUGAAGAACUCGGAUUCCAACACGCAUCCCUGAAAGAUACGAACACUUUCAUGGAGGCUGCUCACGCCUGGAGAAAAUCUUACCACACGAGCUCUGGUCGCCCGGCCACACAUGUUCUUCACUGGAAUCAAUCAUCAGACCAGAUCGACCUCGAAGAAAUGGCCCAAGCAUUUCUCGACGAGAAAGGGGGGAAUGGUGAGCGAUUUUGGUCGCCUGAAAGAAGCUGGAAUCACGAUUCGGACUUACAACUUCCGGCAGACCGUGCUCGGAUUGUCGCAUUGCUCAAACAGCUCUUCUGGAAACAGAAUCGUUACGCUUUCAACAAUACGCAGUAUGGACACAAAGACUCAGAACCCAGAGAUCAAUCUAGGGAGAGCACAACUCCAGCUCGACAGAUAGAUUGUGCCAUAGAAAGAGGUGUUUCCGCGCCCCUGACCGCUUCAGCACACGCUAGAUCAGGCUCUGCGCAGGUGACGCUCAAAUCAAAGAGAACUCCAUCCAUAUAUGCAGCAGCAGCACUUGAUGAAAGGAGUCGUAAGCCACCGCCGGCGGGUAGCGCGACGACGGGAGGCAUCGGUACUUCCAAUGUCGACAUUUUUGAAGUUCCAGACGAUUCGGAUUCUAACGACGAAACUUUCUUGCACUCGCCUAAACGCCGUCACCCUCCAAGCAAUGCGGAUUCUCCCCGAAAGAAGAAGAAGUAUCACCUUGCAGAACCUUUGAGACGAACAGAUAGGAAACGAGUAAUUCGCAGCUUUCCUCACACAGUACCAAACGAUCAAAUCGAGCAACUAAUUAAGGACGAAAUCGAGGCUCGCGAUCGCACUGGAUCUUCCUCCGUUGCGGGAUCAUUUGACCAAAUCCCACCUCGGUCCACGACGAAAGAUGCAGAGACCAAUCCAGAGAACCUACUUCCUCUUGCACUGACUGUUGCAGGGCGACCUGCUCCGAUUGCCUCUAUGGUCUCUUCAGAUAUUCGCAAGAGUGCAUCACCACAAUUAAAUGCUUCCAGGGUUGCUCAAGUAACAAAUCAUCCCGAUUGGGGUCAAGAUUCAGCGCCGUCCUCACCACGGAAUGAUACUACCACUAAAGCGGUGCAACCGAAACCUUGGGAUCCAGUAUCGUCGCCACGAAUGGAACCGGUCCGUGAACGAGAAAAGCGUGGUUCAAGAACAUCACGCGGGUCGCCUUCCUCCUCAUCAGCCCAUGAGAGUGAAAUCGGCGCUCUUGCGAAGUCUACAACAACUAACGAAGCAGGGCCUAUUGGCCACUCUUCUGGGAUAGAUGAUCCAAAACUUAUUCUGUCUCCAAGGGACGCGCUUUUGCAUUCUAAAAACAGUAAAUCAGCUCUGCAUAGACCGGCUGCAAAACAGUUCUCUUCGAGCCGAGAGGCUUCACCAAGUCCAUCAGUCAAUGAUUUUGGACGCUCGGCGAAUCGACAGGAUCCACCACGCGAACUUUCUGAUGGGUUUAAAAGUCUAGCUGAUCUAUCGGAAGCGGCUCCUACAAAGCAACCCAGGCUGGAAAAGUCAUCCCAUAGCACAGAGACAGUAAGCGAUGAAAUAAAUGGCUCAACAACUGCGACAAACCGACUACAAGCGCAUGAAAGAAAAGAGGCAACGCAAGGCUCAACGACUGAACCUUCUUCGGCAAAGCCUCGCCAGAAAAUACAAAUUCCGCUGUGGAUCAUCACGAGAGAGCCUCGGUACACCGAGGAGAGAUGGGACGAUGGAAAGUUCAUGGGGACGCCUCUUCCCGCCUUCAUCGAAGGGAUUUCCAAAGUCACACAGCGGCGUCACAUCGAGAAGAUAAAGUUAACUUUGAGGGCUCCUACGUUCGACACCAAGAUCACAGUGUAUCAUGAUGCGGAGGACUCCUGGGCUUCAGCGAAGGAGACGUUCAUAGAGAAACUCCGAGAAGCGAAGGCUGAGGCUAGGGCUGGAAGGCAGACUGAGAAUGUGACAUUUAAGAUCUUGGUAGAGCCUUUUUAUGAGGAGGGAAUGCUACCCAGUGGGGGCAUAGAUGAAGAUGAGGAGGAGUACGACUUUUAGCUUGAAGGAUCCUUAGCUUGUUGAAAAUCUAUUUAUUGUUUGUAAGAAGCUGAGCAGACCUGAGCAGACCUGAGCCGAAGAUGAGUCGAGCUUGAGUCGAGCCUGAGCAGAUGUAGUGCUGUUCAUGUGAGAUAUCGGUUGAGAGAAGGAAACAUUCCGGUGGGGGAACAAGCAUAACCGAGGAAACAACGAAAAAUAUAGUCUGGAUUUCAAUGGAAUCCACAUUUCAAAACGAGUUCGUGCUGGUGG